UGUAUUUCAUGGAUAGAGACGGGGAAUAAGCCCUCCUUCUUUCUCUUUCUCUGCGCGCGUUCCUUUGAUUAUUGCUUUCAUCUGUGGGUACUGGAAGAAGAAAGAGAGAGUAAGAGCGAGAGAGAGCUAUGAACGAGAAGGCCUCCGUUUCCAAGGAGCUCAAUGAGAAGCAUGCAAAGAUAUUGGAGGGCCUUCUUAAGCUUCCUGAGAACAAAGAAUGUGCAGAUUGCCGCAGCAAGGCCCCGCGAUGGGCGAGUGUAAACCUGGGCAUAUUCAUAUGCCUGCGCUGUUCUGGCAUCCAUCGGAGCCUCGGAGUACACAUCUCAAAGGUAAGGUCCACAACUUUGGAUACAUGGCUGCCCGAGCAGAUCACCUUCAUGAAGACAAUUGGAAACAACAAGUCCAAUGAGUAUUGGGAAGCCCAACUCCCACCUGCAUACGACAGAAAUUCAAUCGAAACAUUUAUUCGAGACAAGUAUGUGUCGCGAAAAUGGGCUUCUAAAACAGCAAUCGAGCCAGCAGCUUCAGUCGGCGAAUGUAAAGCCGCGACGACAGUCACCUCCACAAGAGAUAUUCCAAGGAAAGCUCGAAAGUAUUCUUUGGAUGAAGGCUUUUUCACUAAUGAAAUCACCAAAACUGCUCCUCCUCCGACCAAAAACCGCGGGGCUUCUUUCGACUUGAAGAACGACUUCAUUCCACCUCCGCCGAGCAGCACUGCAGGUGAAGGCACAGCCAGUAAAACUUCUGAUGCUGGCACAGAUCUUUUCAGUUUGCUCUACGUGCCCGAAGAAAAACCGGACCGUGCUGUUGUCCCCCCGUCGCGCUGGGCUACCUUUGACGACUGACUGUAAUAAGUCAUCAUAAUCAGCUCAUGCCAUUGUUGCAGCUGGUUUGAUGGAUAGGAUACUGAAAUUUAAUUGAUUAACGUCGUCCUCAACCUAACCAUUGUAAUUAACUCACUACA